AUGCCAAAGACUCUUCAGGGCGGCAACAUGAGCUCUUCAUUUAAUCAAAAAAGAGUCAUUUACAUUCCCAUCUUAUCGCUCCGCGUGAGUCAAAGAUUUCCCCAUCGGCGCACCAUGUGCAUCUCUAUCUCUUUCUGGUAUUCUUUCCCCUAUCUCUCUCUCUCUCUCUCUCUCUCUCUAUCUAUCUAUCUAUCUAUCUAUCUAUCUAUCUAUGUUAGUCUAUUCAUAUCUAUCUAUUUAGCUAUCUGUCAGGUCAUUUUUGCCUUUCAUUUUGUCUGUCAUUGCUUUCAUGGAUUUUGGUUCUUUUCAUUUCACCCUCACAAAUACGUAACCUUCCUUUUUAUACCCAAUCAAAGUACUGAAAAUAACCUACCCAAAUUAUUCCUCCAUUUGGGGUCAGCAGGCGAUAAUAGUGUCACACGUUUUGUAAUCAAAUGCACCACAGAAACUGAAAAUUACCAACUCCAUUCCGACUAUAAUUUGCAACCCCAUUCCGCCACCCACGCUCUACGCCAAUUGUAUAUUUGUAAAGCUAACUCACACGCCUUCUACCCGCCUGAUCCUUAUCUAUACACACAGUCAUUCCUGCCGUUCCAGUCGUCAUUUCCCGUCCGAAAGCAACUCGAUCAUUCCUUCAAAAUCUCGACCAAACACUCAUUCUAUCGUCGAGACGAGAGCUUACACAAUUUUCUCUUUCUUUCACCGGCGCUUGUUUUCAAUCUAUACGUUUUUCUUUCUUUCUUUCUUUCUUUCUUUCUUUCUUUCUUUCUUUCUUCUAAUUAUUUUCAUUAUUUCCACAAUUUCUUUCCUUCCUUGUGUAUCUCUAAAUUUUCUUUUCUUUUUCACUCUCUAUUAUCCAUAUUUUCUUUUCUUUUUUUAUCUCUCCUUUUCAAUUCCUCAUUUUACAUUCUCUUCCCCCCCACGUUUCCCGUUGCGUUCUUUACUUUCUUCCCAUCCUUAAUAACUUAUUAUCAUCCAUUCUUAUUUUACCGUUCCCCGCUGAUUGGCAAUCGACGCCGCCCAUCUUCUUUCCCUCAAUCUUCAUUCCUAAACACUUUUUUAGGCCAGCGAUUUCCUUUUCGAUUUCGGAAAUCAAUCCGCAGUUACCCUGUGACCAAUAUUGCCUCUUUUCCGAUUGGACAUUUGCCUUUCUUCUAUUCUUAA